AUGUACCAAUUUAUCACCAAGAUCUCUGACCAAGACGCCAUUUACGCCAUUUUCUAUCCGACGACCACGCUGCUAGAAGCUGUGGCUAACGCAUUGAAAAGUACAGAUAGCUCUGAGCUCUUGGCCAGUAGCCGCUCCUUGUCCGCGAUGUCUUCCGCCCCAAGCCCGCCCGCGGGACACUUCAACGUGCUCUACUUCGCGAGUGCCAGCUCCUUCACGGGCAAGGAGCAAGAGGCCCUGCCGGCGCCGAUGCCCCUGGGGAAGCUGUUCGCCGAGCUGGAGGCGCGGCAUCCGGGUCUCAAGGCCAAGAUUCUGGACUCGUGCCUGGUGACGGUCAACCUCGACUAUGUAGAUGUGCCGGCGGAUGGCUCCAAUGAGGGCGCCGUCAUCCAGGAAGCGGACGAGGUCGCAAUCAUACCUCCUGUCAGCUCCGGAUGA